AUGAGUCCACAGACCAUUGGGAAGAAUGCGUCCAAUGGCUUGCUGUUCAUCACGGGCAACUCGCCUGCGGACUUCAAGUCCAAGAAGAAUAUGACCAAGGUGCGGAAGAAGGCAAUGGGGAGCUAUCUGGAGAAGGAGAAGAAGCCGCGUGAUUCGCUGAAAGAGCAGGAGCAGCGGUCAAGACUCACGAGCGUGGACUCAACGGGCUCACGGGCGAGCACGUCGAGUGAGCAGCAGGAUGUUAUUUCGAAUACCGAAGCCAUCAGGAUCUUCCAUGGGGAAAGCAGACGGCCGGGACGACGCGCUUCGUCGCCUGCGUCGAGCGUCCAUGAGCAGCGGACCGUGUCGCCUGAGGCGCAGAUAGCGAGGAUUCCUAAGCCGUCAGUCGAUUUCGUCCUUCCGAGUGCGCCUAUUGUGCUCCCUAUGCGCACUGGAGUGGAGCUCCCAUACGACAAGUUUGCGCCGCGACCAUUUGAGUCAAUAGGCAAGCCGUUGGACCCUUUCCGGGCCAUGUUCCAAGCCAAUCAUCCGAGGGUGUCAGUGGAAGAAUUGAAAUGGUAUUGUUCACGAUCCUUCGGCACGAGGGCCAUGGGCCGGCAUUGGAUUCCGACGCUGGUCAAGUCGCCGCACGCCUUCCUCAGCACGCUCUGCAUCGCCUCAGCACAUUACGACGCCAUCAAUGAGCGGUCGAUUGAGAGCGUGCAGACCCUGGCGCUUCGACAGGAGGUUAUACACCUCAUCAGUCGGAAUCUAGUCAAUCCUAGUUCACAAGUGGAUGACUCUAACGUCAUUGCGCUCACGCAACUCAUCGCGAGCGAGAUCAUCGCCGGCGAGGAGACGGCGCUGAGCUUCCACGAAUCCGGCGUCGAAGCGAUGACAAAGCAACGAGGCGGCAUGAAUCAACUGGGAGUGAACGGGCGAUUAGCAUCAACAUUAUCCUGGGUGUCCCUCGAAUCCGCCGUCCUCCGAGAAGCGGCACCGCGCUCCAUCUACUCCGACUUCUGUAGCUCUGCAUCCUCUAAGAGCUAUCCCAAUACUGCCACCGUACCCGAGUCUCCGCUUUACUGCCCUCGCGGAGAGUUUGAGACCAUCAAGAGAUCCCCAAGAUGCUGCGCACGCACGAUGGAGCUUCUGAAAGAGAUGCGCAUGAUGCUGGAUCUUUUCCUUCACGAAACGAGACAAGGCCGGCGGAAUUCGCUGUCCCUCAAGAAUAUCUACAAGAAGAUCAUCCAGCUACCCUCUGUAGCUGAGCUCCAGAAGACCAACGUCCUCACAUCGAAUGAUUGGAGGUAUGAAGCAAUCCGCUUGACCUCCGUUAUCACAGCUACCGCAAUCAUGCACCGAGUCCCGCUCUCCGAGGCACUAAAACUCGCUGCUCACGUUGAGCAACCGAUCUCGUUAUACACAUCCUCAUCAGGUUCUAGAUCCUCCGAAUCCCUCGUAUCACCC